AUGGCCACGCCCCCGCCCUCCAGACCUUUCUCCCUCUUUCGGUCUCUGUCGUCCCAGCCCCCCUCGUCCUCUUCCUCGAGUCCGACCUCACCCGCCCCCAAGCCCUUGCCUGAUGCUCCCCCAUCUCCGAUAGCAUCGCCCGCAAAGGAGCUGCCAACCACCAAGGCGCCUACAAUUGCAAGUGAGAGGCGAUCUAGCGUAAGAGAGGAGCUGCGAGCUCUGCUACACAACACAGCAGGUGUAGCAGCCAAAGAUCUAGACGCCAAACUGCUACUGGUCUCGCAAUUACACAGCCUCACCUCGAAUGCUGGCCGAGAUAGUCACGUCAGAGAAGAUUUUGCUGCGCUUGGAGGCUUCUUGGUCCUCGUUCAGGUAUUGAGCUCGCUAGGAGCUGAAGCAGAGGCUCGGCAAGAAAUCACUAACGAUGCUAGUGGACAAGGUGCGGACAGCGAGGAGCAGGACUCUACCAAGGCUGAAGAAGCGUACGCUUCGCAAGAUCAGAGGCUUAGCGCGGAAGUCUUCAGACUGACUCUCGCCAUCUUGGCAGAGGUCAUUGCAAGGCAUCAUCGCAAUCUCCUCGCCUUCGAAAUCGCAGUCGGAUGGGACGGCCUAGCAUCCGCGCUAGAGGUGUCGAACCUUCGCGUCACGAGUCCUGAUCACUUCUUUGCAGCUCUCCUAGGUCUUGCGUUAGGAGAUGUCUCGUCCAAGCCUUCAACAUUGGAGCAGUUGCGAUUUCAAGCCUCGACCUCGAAGGCGGACGGCAGUAGUGGCUCGACUUUGGCAAAGCAAAUCGAAAAGCAAUGGCUGGGAGAUCUGCUAUUACCACAAGUCGUGGAGCUGAUCGUCGAGGACAUUGUCAACGUCGAUGCUGAGACAGAGGAUCUCUGGCUGGUUAUCACGGGCAUCUUGGAAGCUCUACUAGAGGAAAAAAGCUCCAAUAGUACGGCGCUCAAAGAGACUUGCAUCACCCAUCACCUUCUAUCAUACGUCAUCAACGCACACGGCAACGGCUUACUGGCAGAGCGCUGUUUGUCAGUGAUGAAGCGAGCGUACGACGUUGUAGGGCUUCCAGAUGCCGAUGGAAAGCUCUUACUAUCUACUGUCUCGUCGGCUUCUGGCGACGAGAGCGUAAAAAGCAUUCUGCGAAGACUCCUCGUUGACCUCGCAAAUGCGGCGGUGCGGCCCAAUUCAGUGACCUUUGACAUGUCUACCUAUGGGCACUCUUCGGUAGCUGUCUCCAGUCUGCAAAGGCCUUUCCCGCCUGGCGCAAACUCUCAAGGAUGGUCAUACUUUACCACGUUUUCCAUCGACAGACCAGAUCCAGCUCAUCCGGUAGGGUUGCUUCAUCUCUUUGACGCACAGCGGACAUGCUCGGUCAAGCUCGAGAUCACGCCAGAUCGAAGCCACCUGCGAUACACGACGCAUUCUAGCGUGGCGCCGGCCGAAUUCACCAGCUUCAAAUUCGAGCCGCAACGACUGUAUCACUUUGCCUUUGUUCACCAAAGACCGAAGAGCAACGCCCAGGUCUCACCAGCUCAGCUUUACAUUGAUGGUGUGCUUGUAGAACAGCUACACGCUGUCUGGCCACCCAGCCCGCCUGCUACGGGCGCCCCAGUCCGAGCCGUCUUCGGAACGGCUCCUUCUGUAGAGCAGAUGCCUGCCCGCAACCGAAGUCAGCAGAAGUGGACCCUCGGCCCGGCGUAUCUUGUCGACCAGUGUCUACCUGCCGACUUCGGACUCGUUUUGAAACAGCUAGGUCCCUCCUACAGAGGCAACUUGCAGGACUCUCUCGGUCGCUUCCUCACCUACCAGGCCAGUACAGCGAUCAAUUUGCGGCUCGACGCGGUGGUGCGAAGUCUGACAAAAGACGGAGCGGCUGGAGGCAUGGCAGCCAGUGCGGCUGAAAAAGAGCUGUCAAGACACCCCCUGGUGACAGCUAUCGCAGGGAGAUCCAGCGAACUGUUCAACGAAGAGCGCUUCUACUUUGCCUUCAAUGCCAGUUGCACAGCCAUUCGUACUCGGCCGAGCUCGGCAAGCUCGGACCUGCCGCUGAGCCACAGGCCAGACACCACAGUGCUGCUAAAUCAGGGUGUCACAUUGACUCGCGAAGCCGCUGCAGCCUCUUUUGGCUACGCCAAAGUGUACGGUUCGCCUACUAUGAUUGUCCCUUCGCGGCUAGACGAUGUCAUCUGGAAAGCCGGCGGAUGUUCAGUACCCCUCACCUUGAUUGGCUCCGCUACCUCUUCAAUUGCUUUGUUGGAAUCAUUGACAAUCUUUCUACAACUACUCAAGAACAGCUGGAGGCUAUGCGAAGAUGCCGAGCAGGCUCGAGCGUAUGAGAUUCUCAACCUAUUCCUGAGGCAAAAGGCGCAUCUCAUGACACUCGAUGCUCUCGCCGUGAUCCUCAGUGCUGUAGGUCUCGAUCAAGAGGCCACAGACCGCUCAGCACUCGUCAAUCCGAUCAUGUACCGCAUUGUCCUCCUGGACUUCGACUUGUGGUCAUUGACACCUCCUGCUGUGCAGACUGCUCAUUUAGGCCACUUUGCGGCGCUGCUGAGGAGCUCCAAGCAUCGGCGCUUCAAUAUCAAGCGAGUCGCAAAGAUGAACAUUCUCAAAAAGUUCUUGUAUGCUCUACGGAACAAGCAGCCAGACAAGGAGCUCAUGCGACAUAUCCUUGAUGCACUUCGCAACCUGCUCAUAACCGCUUGGUCAGACGUGUCUCUUCGAUCCCUGACCUCCUAUCUUGCCUCACAAUUGGCGCAUCGGGACCAAGCGGAAACACCGUCUCGACGACAAAGUGGUUCCAUCAAGCUCAGCAACAGCAGACCGGUAUCGAUGUCGGCAGAUAUCACUGUCGACCUGCCCUUGCAAGUCUUUGAGACUUUCGCCUCGCUCGCGCUCGACCGACCUGCCUUCCUUUCGAAGUUCGGUCAGGUUGUCAAUAUCAAAUGGCUCAUGCUCUUUUUGCACCCACAAGCAGAGAGCAGAGCAGCAGUCCUGUCAUUGGAGCUUCUCUCCCGCCUUCUAAUUCGUGAACCAGCGUACGUUGAGCGGCUCACCACCACUGGAGGCUGGAAGGUCUUGGAUCGACUAGUGCCCCACUUCUGGGCUGAGCCCUCAGUACUACCGAUUUGCUUCUCUGUCCUCUUUGGACAGGAGCGUCAGCAGAAUACGACAUUGAGCCAUCUGUUCGCUCCUCCCAAGAAAGUAUACUGUGCUCCGAUGCUUCGGGUCAUUCUUGGUUGUCUACGCGAGUCGCUGGAUACAUCUUCGGGCAGACUGGAUACUGCCUCGGCACGCCGGCGACCUGUGUUGAGCAGAGCUCGUCCAUCAGAGACUAUGGAUGUGCCGUCGCCAGCAUCGAAGGAACGCCGCCAUGCCCGUAGACGCAGUAACUCGAUGAAUCUCGAUGCAAAGAGUCUGGCGGAUAGCUUUCGGAGCAAUAGUCAACAGGUGAUGAUUCGGGAGACAGCAGCCUUGAUUCAGUCUCACGCCGCUCAGUCGGUCGCGUGGAGAGAGCUACUGUUCUCUUCACAAAUCUUGAGCGCACUUUGCGAGGCUCUCGAGUCUCAUGUCCUUGGCGACAGGACCCAGCUGGAAGAGGAAGAGAUGACCUCGGAGGAGAAGAGCUGUAAUGAUCUCUUGGAAUUGCUGGCUAGGUUGGCCACCGAGAGCGUCUUUGUCACUGACUCCACAACGAUCAUGUCCGGCCUCAUGGCAUCGAUUCCUCUUGGCGACUUGGCACAGCAAAGUGCAUUCCGCUUUGCACUGAUUGCCAAGGUCUUGAAGUGCAUUGACUCGAAUCUGUCGUCUACCGGUACUGCUGGCAAGGACAAUGCUGAUGAAGCGCUGACCCCUUCGGCGUACGCGGCUUUGGCUGAAUACAUCGAGCAAGCUUCGUACGAAGUCCCUCAAGGUUCGACUCUGGAAGAUCGUCUGCUUGACACCGUCACUGCGCUCUUAACCACGGGCGAGCAGCAAAAUCGAAACGAUCUGGCACUGCCUCUGACGAGCUUGCACAGCAGCCUCAAUCGCAUAGCUCUGUACAGGCUUUCAUGUGCCGAGCUGGUAUCUGCAACAUUUGAGCGCAUGACUCAAUGGCAGACUUUCUUCUUCGGAAACGGUAGCGGCGAUACCUUCCUCCUGCAAUGUCUGGUGAACCGAGCUAUGCACUAUGUUCGCUCGGACAGCCAGGAGACAGCAAGCGCCAGUCUGCAGCUUCUGAAGCUCAUUGCUUCCACACAACCUGAGAUGAUUGCAGAAGCAUUGUCAUCGAAGCAGAUGACUCUGACCGAUCUCUUGACUUUGGAAGCCGCCGAUCUUGGAGGGUCCAGCCUCUCUUCCGCACCAGCAGGAGAAGAAGACACAGUCUACGAAUCAGUGUGGACAGGGUUCGUCAAAUCGGCCGAGACUCUCCAUACCGCCACGCAUUUAGAGCGGGUAGCGCAGCUACGUCAAUUGCUCGACCAGAGCGAGAGUAAAGAAAGGUCUCUUGCCUCGAUGCAGCGUCGGAUUCUCCUCUGGCAGGACACGCUGUGUGCCAGCGAAGAGGAUCGCUACAUCAAGCAUCUCAUCGAUGUGCAAGAACUCACGCAGACUGCUACGCUGGAGUGGCAACGGCGUGAGGACGAUCUCCAUCGCGAGAGGGGCUUGCUAGGGCCUGAAGAGGAUGAGGCGAGAGUCUGGCAACUAGACCCCAUUGAAGGGCCUCGCAGGAUGCGGAAGCGGUUGAUGGAGCAGCCCAAGACGAUGGAAGAUCACCAUACGCCCUUGCGCCAGCAAGCAGGUGUACCGACGUCGCAGCCGACUGUGGAGGUAAGCGACGCGUGGAAUAGCUCUGCGGAACCGGCAGUGACAGCGGAGCCCGCUCCAGCAACUGAAGAGGGACAACAUGUCGACCCUGCUACCCCCACGUCGGCGGGAAUGAAACCUUCCAACUCCAACUCUGGUCAAGAAGGGGGACUUUCGGAGCAGCUGCAAGGAGACGCUGAUGACCACGAGUACAAGUUCCGCAAGGUUCUUCGCUCGCUUGAGAGAGGCGAUCAAGUAGAGGGUGUAGUCAAUGCCUCUCGAGUGGUAGGCAUCGACUGUCGUGCUGCGCUGUGCAUCACAGGCAAACUCUGCCUCUACCUCGUCGACGACUAUUUCCAGCGCAGCAAUGGAGAGCUGGUCAAUGUAUGGCAAGCACCCGAAGCCGAGCGCGAUGAGCACGUUCUUGCAGCGCUGUCGUCCGAUUCGGACCAACCUUCGGCCCUGAUCGAUCAGCUCGAGGGUGAUGGUAAGACGAAGAAGUGGCCCUGGUCGGCACUCCGACGGGUCCACAGACGUACAUUCCUGCAUCGCGGGACUGCCCUCGAGCUCUUCUUCGAGGAUGGCCAGAGCUGCUUGCUGCUUCUGCCCACGGUGACGGAGGCUAACGCUCUUUACAAAGACCUUGGCUCCCGGUGUCGAGCGGCGAUUACCGGAGCUGAGCAGAUGAAGGACGGGAUCAGAGAGCCAGCAAGCUCAGGCUCCGGCGAGGGUAUUGGUGGCUUUGCAGCUCGCAUAGGAGGCGCUCUGAGCCGACAGACGGCCGGCGUGAUUACCGAAGCAUGGCGUCAGCGCAAGAUCUCCAACUUCGAUUACCUGAUGAAGCUCAAUACCCUCGCGGGGCGUAGCUUCAACGAUCUGAGCCAGUAUCCCGUCUUCCCCUGGGUCUUGGCGGAUUAUGAAAGCGAAGAACUCGAUCUGAGCAAUCCGGCUUCUUUCCGCAAGCUCGAGUUGCCGAUGGGAGCACAAGCUGUGGAGCGUCGCAAGCAAUUUGAGGAACGCUACGAGAGUCUGCUUGAAAUCGACGAGACGCCUUUCCACUACGGCACGCACUUCAGUACAGCUGCAACGACUGCUGGCUAUCUUAUUCGGUUGCGACCCUUUGAGAAGUUGCUCAUGGCUUUGCAGGGAGGUACCUUCGACUUGGCCGAGAGGACAUUUGCCUCUAUUGAAAAGGCGUGGAAGUCGAGCUCGGAAGUCUCUCGUGGCGAUGUGCGAGAGCUGACCCCGGAAUUCUUCUACCUGCCGGACUUCCUUGUCAACCGCAACCGCUUCGACUUUGGUUCGACUCAGGCCGGCACAAAGAUUGAUGACGUCGAGCUCCCUCCGUGGGCUAAAGGCGAUCCUCUGGUCUUUGUGCAGAAGAAUCGAGAAGCGCUCGAGAGCGAGUACGUCUCAUCUCGGCUUCACUUGUGGAUCGACCUGAUCUUCGGCUACAAGCAAGGAGGUGAAGAGGCGAUCAAGGCUUUCAAUGUCUUCCAUCCCUUGUCAUACCCUGGGGAAGUUGAUCUCGAUAGUAUGACCGACGCAAAUGAGCGACGAGCAGCAUCGCAGACCGUGUGGAACUUUGGCGUCUGCCCUGCUCGACUCUUCGAGAGACCGCACGUGCCUCGUAAAGCUGCUGACAAGACCUUUGAGCUGCAUACGAGUCCGUGGAUGGCCAUUCAGAGUAUCGUUCCGCUGCGUACGCUCAAGAGCAAAUGCCACUUCAUCUACGCAGACAAUCCCGAAAAGGCGUACGGCUCCCCUUCAGAUUAUCUCAUCAUGCCAAAAUUGGGCGUCUCCCUCUCUGCCGGACACCUCGAUGGCUCCCUCCGCAUGUUCAAGUCGACUGACCCAGCGCGGCCAAUUGCUGUAGCCGAGCAGGCCGGCAUCGAGCAGAUCCUCUGCAUGACUCAGGCCGGCCCAGUCGUGGUCGUCGCAGGCUGUAAAGACGGUAUGGUUCUGCUGUGGAAAGUCGAUGUGACUGCUCGUGAGCUCCAGCUGCAGCAGCCCCUUCGAGGACAUACCGCUGCCGUCACUUGCCUUGCUGCCUCGCAGAGCUGGCGCAUCGCCGUCAGUGGCAGUGACGAUGAGACGGCCAUUGUGUGGGACACGAAUCGGGGAGAGUACGUUCGGUCGCUCUGGGGACAUAGUGGUCCUGUAACUCAGGUGGCCGUAGAUGAGGAGGAAGGACACGUCGCAACUGCUUCGGGUCAAGAUGUCUACCUCUGGUCCAUCAAUGGUGAACUGCUGGCACACGUAGCGGCCAGCUCGCGACUGUCUGAGCCAAUCUCGACUAUUAGCUUCAUCUCAAAAGAUUCGCACACGGGGAGGUUGGCCAUUCUCCUCACGGGUCACAAAGGCAAGGUCAUCGCUUGGAGCUGCGAACACAUGGACGAGGACCCCAAGGCUAUCAAGUCCCAGGGAGAGUCUGGCGAAGAGGUUGUUGGUGCGCCAGAGGACGGAUCAGAGCGCCCCACUUUGCGCUGGAAGCUGCAACCCUUCCACGUCUUUGAGCACCAAGAUCGUCUGAGCUCCUCACCACCUUGCAACAUCACCGCCAUUGCCCUGGCCAAUGCCGGCCGUACCCUCUUCACGGGUGAUGAGGCGGGACGAAUCAAUGUCUGGACUUUUCCCGGAGAGGCCUUCGGAGUACCAGAGGGAAUUAGCGAUCAUUGCAUGGGUUGCUCAAAGAGGUGGGGGGUACUGGAAACGCGCAGGACGUGCAGGGGUUGUGGAGGGAUCUUCUGUGGAGCGUGCUCGGACUCGAUUCAGGGCAGUCCGUUUGGCAGUAUGAGAUUCUGUCCACCCUGUCGGGACGUCUGCUCUGCUGCGUAG